AUGCUCGAGCACGCCAAGGUUGACAACCUCCCGUCGUUCCUGUCGUGCAUCCGCGAGAACGCCAUCGACCUGAUGAGCAUCAACUCCAGGAACACCAGCGGUACCACCGCACUGCACGUCGCCGCCGCGAACGGGUGCAUGAAGGUCCUCGCGCACCUCGUCACCGAGGUGUGCGUCGACAUCAACGCCGCCGAUAACUGGACCAGGACCGCGCUCGACGAAGCCACAAAGGCGGGCCACGAGGACGCUGUCCGGUACCUGCUCGCCGCCGGCGCCAGGCACGGGACGAACAUCGACUGGAACAGACACAGGGGAGAGCCCAUCGAGACCCCGCCGAGGACCUCCGCCAGCCCCGAGCCCGAUGAAUGGGAGCUGCUGCCGUGGGACGUCAAGGUUGACGACGUGGUGGGCGAGGGGGCGUUUGGGGAGAUUCGAUGCGGCCGCUGGCGAGGGUCGCCCGUGGCGAUCAAGACGCUCAAGAGCGACUGCAUGACGGACGCCAUCGCGCUGAAGGAGUUCAACUGCGAGAUGUCCAUCUGGUGCCGGCUGGUGCACCCGAACAUCGUGCAGUUCCUGGGCGUGGGGUACAAGGCUGGGCAGCCGCCGAUCAUGGUUUGCGAGCUGAUGGGCGGCGGGUCGCUGCAGCAGAAGCUGCUCGAGCUGCAAAGCUGGGGCAAGAAGAUGGACUUUGACCGCGCGUUCAAGAUCGCGAGCAACGUCGCGGCGGCGCUCAACUACAUGCACUCCAGGCGACCCUACGCCGUCAUCCACCGCGACCUCAAGCCCGCCAACAUCCUGCUCACCAGCAACGGAGUCGCCAAGGUUGCCGACUUUGGCCUCUCCAAGAUGUUCGACAUCACCACGCCCCGCGAGCCCGCGAGGGAAGAAAACGACGACACGGGCGCGUACAAGUACAUGGCUCCCGAGGUUUUCAAGCACGAGUUUUACGGCUUGAAAUGCGACGUGUACUCCUACGCCAUGGUCGUGUACGAGGUGUUCGAGGGAUUGUUGGCGUUCGGUGACCCGAUCACGUGGGCGCACAGGGCGGCGAGCAGCGAGAAGGCGAGACCGGGGUGGAACUUCAUGGCGGCGUACGAGAGCAGGCGGUGCGAGGAGAUGUGCAAGCUGGUGGAGCAGUGCUGGCACUCGGACCCGAAAGAGCGGCCGACGUUCAUGCGCAUCGCCAACGUUCUGCGCAGCAUCGGUUACAUCUCGAAAUUCGAGAAAAGGCCGGAACUCACGGCUAAGGGAAAGAAAGGAGGAGCCGCGGGCGCGGCUGAGGCGGCCGGAUGUAACUGCGUCGUCAUGUGA